CUCGUUUUGAGUUUUCUGUGACUGGAUGUUUGAGUCUUGGUCGUGCCAUUUCCGGUGAGGCCACAGUUCCGCGUUGGAUGUGGUCUUGCAUCACACCGCGUGUGGAGCCGAACUCGCUGGAUGGUUCAGUCUGGGACGCAGGAUUCUACGUCUCUCUCUCUUUCUCUUUCUCUCUCUUGUGACCCACCGUUCCCCUCCUCCCUCUCCACAGUACUUCACUCGUUCAGUGGAUGGGCAGAAGACAAAGAAAUAUCCAGCCGCACUGAGCAUCACGGAACUGAAGAGGCAGUGGGGACCAUCAGACAGAACUGCGGCGGACACAUCCUCCCCCGUCCUGAGCCCUUCCCGAGCCACGCUCUGGGCGCAAUAAAACUACAAGUCCCAGAGGAGCAUUCGGAUCAGAAACGCAGGCCUGCAAAUCAAUACCGGAUCUCUUAAACACAGGCCUGUGAAUCAAUACCAGAGAUUGCUGAUUUGUUCAUCAACAUUACUUCCCCUCAAAGAACAAACAAACACUGUGUACCUGAAAACACAACAGAGGAGUCUGUUACUCUGCUUUUUCUUGAAAUCUGUUGAAGGAGAGAAAAGAGCUAGUUGGAGAGGUGUGGGGUGGGUGGCUGUACCCCAAAACACCUUCCUGCUUCAGGUGAUUCCCUCAGCACCAUUUUCAGUGCCUUCAUUCUGAGCGCUUACCCCAGCCAAGGUUCUUGUGUCUGUAAAUGUUUCUGCGACUUGUUGUCUGACAGAGGAGUCAACCUGAUAUCAAAGGACAGGAAGUCUUUCCUUUUGGGCUUCUAUUUUUUCUAUCUUCAUGAAAUGACAGGUUUUAAAUAAUGCAGUUACAUUUCUCAAGGUGAACCUUGCUUUUCACAUCAAGGGCUGUGACCAUAAUUCUAAAUCAAAGUAGGUGUCUGAGAGAAGUUUGCCCUUUUUGAUCUUUAUUGGGGUUUACACUACUGUCCUAUUUCUGUUAAAUUGGAUAUUUUGGAUAUUUUAUCAUUCAAAUAUACAUUUCCGAUUAAAGUCAUAAAGUCCUCGGGCUUGACUCAAGAAUAUGUCUUGAUAUGUGGAGAAAAAGGAAUCCUGUGAUAACUGUUCAAGCUUUUUCACAGCAGUGAACUGUCUGUAAAUGCAGUCUGAUUGAGACCGUAGAUACCUGCCAUUGCAAGAAAAAACAUAUUCCCUUUGGGCAUAUUCCUUCCGAGCUUGUGCAGUAUCUGUAUUUGUAUCUGGUUUAAGAACAACAGUCAAUCAUUAUUGCAUUAUUGCCAUUACCCAUGGAUUGUAUCCAGCCCUGGCGCUGAACUCAGCUGGCAGCUCGCGUAUUGAGGAGUACGGAGGGCAGGGGCAAACUCACCGGUUGAUGACGUCAUAUCCGCUGGAGCCGCCAUUCCCAGAGCAGAAUGGAGAGUCUAGAUGAGCUGGAGCACCCCCUGCUGGCCGCCAGCCCCACACACUGCGGCGGAAAUGGCGGCGGUGGUGGCGGCGGGCUGUUCAAGGGCAUCCUGAUGAGGUGCGAGGAGGAAAAUACGCUGCCCCCAGUGGCCUGGAGGAGUUACUGUGGCCCCACCGAGGUCCAUCAACAGCAGUUCCUGGACCCGUGUUCCCUGCCCAAGACGCUGGAGUCCUUCUACCCGCCCGCUUCAAUAUGGGGCAACCCUCAGUCCCUGGGUCUGCACAGUAAGGACUACCUGGAGACGACCUUCGUUGACCUGGGGCCCGCUUCCCCUCUGGACAGGAAGCUGCUCAGGGAGAUGAGGGACGUCCACAGUGUGUCCUACAACAUGGAUGACGAGGACGACCUGCUGCAGGAUUAUGAGGACUCUUCGAGUGAAGACUUCAGCGACACGGACAGCGAGAGUGACUUCCCACUGAUGAUCCCUCAGGACUACCUGGGACUGGCCUUUUUCUCCAUGCUCUGCUGCUUCUGGCCCCUGGGGAUUGCUGCAUUCUACCUUUCCCAAAAGACCAAUAGGGCGUCAGCGCAGGGGGAUUUCCAGGGUGCCAGUGUGGCGUCUCGGCAGGCCCUGUGGCUGUCCGUGCUGUCAAUCAUCUUCGGCAUCGUCACGUACGCCUGCGCCGUCGCUGCCCUGAUCUCCUACCUGUCCGGGAAACCUCCCUAAAGGACCCCCACACUCCCACUCAACGUCCCUUUUUAACACCCACCCCUCCCUCAACAAACCCCACCCCCCAACUCCUCUAACAUAAGCAAAGGUAACUAUACCCCCCUCUUUCUCACCUGGAAUACUCAGUUCAUCAUUCACCUGGACACCGGAUUUGCCUGGACAUGACCUGGAAACUACAGCACUGCGUCUCACCUGGAGAGAAUAUGGGUCACUGUAUUGGACGUCAAACAUGCUAUAAAUAUGGGGCUCAGGCACAUUCAGGGAGGCAGAGAGAGGAGAAUUUAAGAAAGGACAGGACUGAAGUACGAGCCUGAAACGGGCCAUGACCAACAUGGCCGCCUCUCCAGUAUCUGCUCCAGCAGUAAAUGAAACAUUAAAGCCUGCUUUAAGAACAGAGAUAACAGGAUGAUUAAUAGAGCUUCUCUAAUCCUUCCUUAACUGUGUGGCCAGGGAAGGGACACAGUCUCAUUAAUUUGUGUCUCUCUCUCUCUCUCUCUCUCUC